GUGCGGGGCCUCGCUUCCGCUAGCGGCGCUGCCAGGAAUCUGCAGCGGGGUCGCUAACCAUGGAGCAAUGGACUCGCUCACCGCUUUCUCUGUGGCUGCUAUUACUGCUCUUGUCCCCAGCGCUGGGCCGCCAAAAGGAGUCAGGCUCAAAAUGGAAAGUAUUUAUUGACCAGAUUAACAGGUCUUUGGAGAAUUAUGAACCAUGUUCAAGUGAAAACUGCAGCUGCUAUUAUGGUGUCGUGGAAGAAGAUCUGACUCCUUUCCGAGGAGGCAUCUCCAAGACGAUGAUGGCAGAGGUGGUCAGACGGAAGCUAGGGACACACUAUCAGAUUAUUAAGAACAGAUUAUACCGGGAAAAUGACUGUAUGUUUCCUUCAAGGUGUAGUGGUGUUGAACACUUUAUUUUGGAGGUUAUUGGGCGCCUCCCUGACAUGGAGAUGGUGAUCAAUGUACGAGAUUACCCGCAGGUUCCUAAAUGGAUGGAGCCCGCCAUUCCUGUCUUCUCCUUCAGUAAAACAUCAGAGUAUCAUGAUAUCAUGUAUCCUGCUUGGACAUUUUGGGAAGGGGGACCUGCGGUUUGGCCAAUUUAUCCUACGGGUCUUGGACGGUGGGACCUCUUCAGAGACGAUCUGGCAAGGUCAGCAGCACAGUGGCCAUGGAAAAAGAAAAAUUCUACAGCAUAUUUCCGAGGAUCAAGGACAAGUCCAGAACGAGAUCCUCUCAUUCUUCUAUCUCGGAAAAAUCCAAAACUUGUUGAUGCAGAAUACACCAAAAACCAGGCCUGGAAAUCUAUGAAAGACACCUUGGGAAAGCCAGCUGCUAAGGAUGUGCAUCUUGUGGAUCACUGCAAAUACAAGUAUCUGUUUAAUUUUCGGGGUGUAGCUGCCAGUUUCCGGUUCAAACACCUCUUCCUGUGUGGUUCACUUGUCUUCCAUGUUGGUGAAGAGUGGCUAGAAUUCUUCUAUCCACAACUGAAGCCAUGGGUUCACUACAUCCCAGUCAAAACAGAUCUCUCCAAUGUCCAGGAGCUCUUGCAAUUUGUGAAAGCAAAUGAUGACAUAGCCCAAGAAAUAGCUGAAAGGGGAAACCAGUUUAUUAUCAACCACUUGCAGAUGGAUCACAUCACCUGUUACUGGGAGAACCUGUUGACUGAAUACUCUAAAUUCCUGUCUUAUAAUGUAACAAGAAGGAAAGGCUAUGAUCAGAUUAUUCCCAAAGUUUUGAAAACUGAACUCUAGUAGGAACCUUAGAUCAGUAGUCCUCACUGUGGCAGUAGGACCUCACAUAUCCUGUGGUCAGAAGCUUACCAUGAGUGUGUUACCUAUAUCAUGAAUACCUUGUAACAAACCAUGCUGCUCCCAGAGCAAGGUCCAAAAUGUGUAUAAUACAGAUAAGCAGCAGCUCAACUCUGGCCGAGUAAGAACCAAAAGUCAGGAGAUGUGGGUUUUGAACCCAUUUCUAGGACCAGUCACAGCUUGUGCCUCAGAUCAUCCACAUGUGUAUGUCUAUCACUGUGAAACUAACUGCAUCCAUGUGAUGAUGCCCUUUGUCCCAUUAUUUGGAGCAGAAAAAUUUAUCAUUUGGAAUUAGCAGGCCUCAUUGCCACAUUUCUGCAGCUAUUC